UCACUGCCAUGGCAGAAGGGACAUCCCUGCCCAUGGCCGAGUGGCUGAGAGCCCUCCACCUGGACCAGUACAUCGAGAACUUCGAGCGGAACGACCUCUGGUGUGUGCUGGAUUGCCAGCACUUGACUGACGAGGCCCUCACCUGCCUCGGGAUCUUACUGCCAGGACACCGCAAGCGUAUCCUCUCCGGGCUUCUCAAGGCCUUUACGGAUUCUCUGCCCGCCAUGGAGUGCCCCGAGCUACCGCCGAGAAGGCCGGUGCCCAUGAAACGGAACAUCUUCCGCAGCAAUGCUGGCGCGGCUGGUUCUCUAACCCGGAGUGACUCGGUGAAACCGGCGGAUGAGAAACCGGCCGCUCAGCGGGAGCCUGAGACCCUCACCCCAAUACCGCCACCGAUCCCUCCAAGGGUUGGGUGCCGACCCCCGGUGAAGUUCUCCUCCCCUGCUCUCCCGGAAUUGUCCCCGACCCCUUUGCCCGAAUCGCCUUUGCUUCUGGAUUUGUCUUCUCCCUCGCUGUCCCCUCGGUUGUCCGGAGGCCGGCUCAGCCCGGACACGGCAUUUCCGGAAGAGGCAAGUAGACACCCAUUGCCCCCCUUGCCUGUCAAACGGCACCAGCUGGAAAGCAAGCCGCCCUCCCUGAAGGCCCCCCCAGUGCCGGUACGUCCUCCUUCUCUGCCGCCGAGGGCCGCUGUACACCCAAAAUCAACCCCCAGCUGCCUCGCGAAAGACGAAGCGCAAAGCCUCAAGGAGCCCGCCGCAGCUCUGCCCGUCCUCUUUCCUCAUGUGAAAUUAGGGGAACAGCAUGGGGCCCCCAAUCCAUCUUCAAAGCCGGCUUUUCCCUUCCCAACGGGGCUUGACGAUUCAGACUAUGAGGAUCCCCCGUUUGAGGAGGAAAUGGACGCUCCCACGGAAGAAAUGACUGACAAGGGAGGGGUGGAGGCCAUGCUCGAUGGAUCCUCUCGGCGCUCUCUUCGGUUCAACAGCCUGCUCAGUGAGGACGAGUUGAUAGAGGAUUAUUUUAAAGAGGAAUCCCCCCCUAGCAACAACCACUGGAAUGGCUGCGGGCUGAACUCCCCCUGUCCCGGCAGCGCUCCGUCCUUUGGCAUCUUGAGCUUCCACAGUGACGCCAUGGACGGGGCCGAUGCGUCCGGCCAUCUCUCACCAGUCGUCAAAGCCGGGUGGCUGGACAAGAAUCCUCCGCAGGGGUCCUACCUCUACCAGAAGCGCUGGGUGAAGUUGGACAGCGACUACCUCCGAUACUUUGACAGCGAAAAGGACAUUUACUCCAAGCGCCUCAUCCCAGUGGCAUCGGUCUCCCGGGUGGCCAGUAUCGGGGACCAGAAAUUUGAGGUGAUCACCAACAACCGGACUUUUGCCUUCCGGGCUGAGAAUGACGCUGAUCGAAACGAGUGGAUCAGGGCCCUUCAGAAGACGGUGGACGAGCGGAAAUCCAAGUGUUUGGACCGGCUGUCCGUCCUGCACUUGGCGGGGGUCAGCUUUGACUCCGUGGACAAGUGUGGCCUUCUGGAACUGCGGGGCUUUAAGAACAAGCUCUAUGUGGCCGUCACCGGGGACAAAGUGUUCCUCUACAAGAACGCGGAGGAAUUUCGUCUGGGGAUCGGGAUCACCUACAUCGAGAUGAACGUGGGGAACGUCAAGGAUGUGGACAGGCGGGGCUUCGAUCUGACGACCCCUUACCGGAUCUUCAGCUUUGCUGCCGAAUCCGACCAGGAGAAGGAGGAGUGGGUGGAGGCCAUGCAGAACUCCAUUGCCGAGGCUCUCUCCAACUUUGAGGUGGCCGAGAGGAUCUGGGCGGUGGAGGAGAAUCGCUUCUGUGCGGAUUGUGGGGCCCCCAAACCCGACUGGGCCUCCAUCAACCUGUGCGUGGUGAUCUGCAAGCGGUGUGCAGGAGAACACCGUGGGCUGGGCCCCAGCGUCACCAAAGUGCGGAGCCUCAAGAUGGACAGAAAAGUCUGGACGGAGGAGCUGAUCGAGCUCUUCCUGCAGAUGGGCAACGCCGUGGCCAACAGCUUCUGGGCCGCCAACGUGCCCCCCAGCGAGGCCAUCACGACGAGCAGUGGGAGCCAGGAGAGGAGACGCUUCCUUGUCGCCAAGUACAGGGAAGGCAAGUAUCGGCGGUAUCACACGCUCUUCGGCAACCAGGAGGAGCUCAACAAGGCUCUGUGCGUGGCGGUAACCACCGGUGACCUGGCGGAGUCGUUGUCCCUCUUGUUCUGUGGGGCCGAGGUGAACUGUUACUCGGGGGACCCUGGCCACCCGUCCCCCCUUGCCUUGGCGGAGGAGGCCGGCCAGAGGUUGCAGAUGGAAUUCCUGCUGCAGAACAAGACCUCAGAGAUCCCGCGGUUGGAUGUGGAUGCCGGCAGUCAGAAUCUCUACUCAGUGGCCCUGCCGUCCGUCACACACAAUGGCUUCCUCUUCAAGACGGCAUCCAUGGCCAAGCCGGCCCAUGAACGGAAACCCCGGGAAGAGUUCAGCCGCCGCUGGUGCCGCCUCCACGACGGCGUUUUCAGCUACUACGAGAGCGAGCAUGCCACCGUGCCCAGCGGGGAGAUCCGGAUGCAGCAGCUGGUGUGCUUGGUGAAUCACCCACCCGACACUCAUGGGGUUGCAAACACAUUCGAGGUGUACAUAGAUUCGGAGCGACUCUACCUGUUUGGACUGGACAGCCCAGAGGCAGUUCGGGAGUGGACUAAGUGCCUGGCAAAGUCCUUCAUCCCCGCCACAGCCGAGGGUCUCCUGCACAAAGACUUCGAGCGCCUCGGGCGACUGCACUAUAAGGGCGGCCUGAACUUGGAGCGGGCGAAGGAGGGCUGGUUCGCCUUGGUGCAGUCCACCCUCUACGCCUACCUGGACGGCAGCGAGAGGGAGGAGGCCAUUCACCUGCGGAAGCUGCAAGAGCUCUCUAUCCAGGGUGACAAUGAAGUCCUCGUGCUGGUGGAGAGGAGAAGGACACUGUACAUCCAGGCCGAGAGGAAGCUGGACUUCUUGGGAUGGGUCGGUGCGAUCCAGAAGGCAGCGGGAUGCUCUGGAGACACUCUGUCCGAACAGCAGUUGACGGACUCAGAUGUCCCCGUCAUAGUGGACCGGUGCAUCGAUUAUAUCACCCAGUGUGGACUGACCUCGGAAGGGAUCUAUCGGAAGAGCGGGCAGAACUCCAAGACCACCGGCCUCCUGGAGAUGCUUCGGAAGGACGCUCGCAGAGUCCGUCUCAAGGAAGGAGAGCAUCACGUGGACGACGUCGCCAACACCCUGAAGCGGUUCUUCCGGGAGAUUGGCGAUGGGCUUUUCACCAAGGACUGUUCCCAGGUCUGGCUCAGGGCAACAGCUCUCGAGGACAGCAGAGAAAAGAUCAGCCAGUAUCAGAUGCUCCUGAGCAGCCUGCCAGUCGUCAACAGAGCCACGGUGAAGGCCCUGAUCAACCAUCUGUACCGCAUCCAGUGUUUCUCGGACGUGAACCAGAUGAACAUGCACAACCUGGCCAUCGUCUUCGGGCCGACGCUCUUCCAGACGGAUGGCAAAGACUACAAGGCAGGGCGAGUGGUGGAGGAUCUCAUCCGAUGCUACGUGGAUAUAUUCAGUGUGGACGAGGAAGAGAUGCGGCGGCAGCAAGAGGAAAUCGCGGCCAUCAUGAGGAUGCGGAUUGCGGGUUCUUCCAGCGGGGCACAGCAAGCCGGUGACUUCAUCUGCACAGUGUACCUGGAGGAGAAGAAGACAGAAGCAGAGCAGCACAUUAAGAUUCCAGCCGCCAUGACGGCAGAAGAACUGACUUUCGAGAUCUUAGACCGACGGAAAGUCGCCACAAAGGACAAAGAUUACUGGAGUUGCUUUGAAGUCAAUGAGCGGGAAGAGGCAGAACGGCCUUUGCACCACAGCGAGAAGGUCCUGCCCAUCAUGCACAGCCUGGGGAAGGACAGCUAUCUGGUGGUGAAGAGACAGAUGUCCAUGGAGCACAUGCUGGUCUACGCAGCCAGCAGGGUGGGCGACAGCAAGCACGGCAUGAUGAAAUUCCGGGAAGAGAAGAAUCUUCUCGGCCUGGGACUCAGCACCGGCUUCCACGACAGAUACUUCAUCCUGAACAGUGAAUGCCUGCGGCUGUACAAGGAGGUGCGGAGCCACAAGCCAGAGAAAGAGUGGCCAGUGAAAAAUCUGAAAGUCUACUUGGGAAUAAAAAAGAAAGUCCGCCCGUCAACCUGCUGGGGAUUCACCGUCUUCUUUGAGAAUGACAAACAGGAGAAGCAGCAGUGGUAUCUUUGCUGCGACACACAGCAAGAACAGAGGGAGUGGUUUGCAACCUUCCUGUCCGUGCAGCAUGGCGCCAACAACCUGUGGCCAUCGGACACCCGCAAAGUGCGAGCCUCCCGCGUCCAGCAGGACUCCCGGCUGGGCAACAUCUCCUUGAUCCCUCUGCGGGGCAGCGAGAACGAGAUGAGGAAGAGCGUUGCAGCCUUCACGACCGACCCUCUGACGGUUUAUUGGUAA